CACAGUGCAGGCGUACAAUCAUGAGCAGCUUACGACACUCAGUGAACACUGGGUGCCUCUGCAUGCUCUAGCAACAUACUGCUCAGCUGAAGGGAAGGGAUUCUUGCUGUCUCUCUCUGCUCUAGGCAUCACCUAACAAGCAAAGCGAACAAAGAAUGGGAAAUAAAGCGACCCUUAGCCGGUCUGUGAAUGAAUGGUAACCUCUCUCUGGAGUAAAGGUUGUGCCGGUCCAUGCUCGUUGCAAAUGAUGGACAUUAAACAGAUUGACAAAUCCUGUGGAGUCGUUAGUAAAGAGUUUGGAGUUUUUUUCACGCCACAGUGUUAACUGCAGUGGAAAGGACAGAGGGAGAAGGAGAAGAUCAAGCUCAUGUACAUAGUUCUGAAACUUGCAGGUCCUAGGAGGCAGCUCAAAAGCUAGCUGGACAAGCCUUUCGCUCGUUGAGCAGAAGCGAAGUGAGACAUUGUGAGCUUGCCAGCCUUGCACAACAUUGAAAGGGACUGAAUUUGUAGCACAGAGGGGUCUUUUUUAGCUCUGCAUAUAAUUAGUCCAAACACAAAGGAAGCAACUGAAUGGAGGUUGUCACUCUCUGGAAAAGGGUGGGUAAGACACUUUUUAAUUAAAUUCUUUCAUGAAGAAAGAUUUUUUUUUUUCCUUUGCUGCAGCAUUUAAAAUGAACAAAAUCACUAUCAUUUUACCUUUGAAUGUCUGUGAACUUUAAUGCUGCACAGCUCCUGCAUGCUAUAAAGUGAAAUAUUUGCCUCUGUGUUUGUUCUGUUUGCUGUUUUGCUUUGGUUUUCGGGCUUUGUUUCGUUGGUUUGCCUUUUUUUUUUUUUCCUCUCUCCCUUAAAUAAAAUAUGAUGUAGAAUUUGAAAAGACUCAAUGGACAUUCUCAAGCCUAUUUGGAAAUAUUCUUGCUAAUGGAUUUCCUUCUUAUUGGUCUCUGUUUAAACUGGCUGCUGAGGAAGCCCCCGGGGUUGAUAUUGUGUACGCUGGGUAUCUUUUCUAAAAUGCUUCCAGCUGUGAAUAGUGGGUGUCCACAGCUCUGUCGGUGUGAGGGCAGGCUUUUGUACUGUGAAUCACUGAAUCUCACAGAGAUGCCUCGCAACCUGUCGGGCAUGAUGGGCUUGUCUCUGCGGUACAACAGCCUUUCAGAGCUGCAUGAUGGACAGUUCACAGGGUUAAUGCAGCUCACGUGGCUCUAUCUGGAUCACAAUCACAUUUGCUCAGUGGAGGGGAAUGCCUUUCAAAAAUUGCGGCGAGUUAAAGAGCUCACCCUGAGUUCCAACAAAAUAACCCAACUGCCCAACACCACUUUCCGCCCCAUGCCAAACUUGCGCAGUGUGGAUUUAUCAUACAACAACCUGCAGUCUUUGGAGCCUGACCUGUUCCACGGGCUGAGAAAACUGACAACUUUGCACAUGCGGUCGAACGCCAUCAAGUUCGUGCCGGUGAGAAUUUUUCAGGACUGUCGCAGCCUGAAGUUUCUAGACAUAGGAUACAAUCAGUUAAAGAGCCUGGCUCGAAACUCUUUUGCUGGCUUGUUCAAACUCACUGAGCUGCACCUCGAGCACAAUGACUUGGUGAAAGUGAAUUUAGCCCAUUUUCCCAGGCUCAUCUCCCUGCACUCCCUCUGCUUGCGAAGGAAUAAAGUUACCAUCGUAGUAAACACUUUGGACUGGAUAUGGCAACUCGAAAAGAUGGAUCUCUCCGGCAACGAAAUCGAAUACAUCGAACCUCACGUUUUCGAAAGUGUACCUCAUCUCAAAUCCCUGCAGCUGGACUCCAACCGGCUGACCUACAUCGACUCCCGAGUCCUCGACUCCUGGAAGUCCCUCACGAGCAUCAGCCUCUCCGCCAACGCCUGGGACUGCAGCCGGAACGUCUGCGCCCUGGCCUCCUGGCUCAGCAACUUCCAGGGUCGCUACGACAGCAACCUGCUCUGUGCCACCCCCGAGUACGCCCAGGGAGAGGAUGUUUUGGACGCCGUGUACGCCUUCCACUUGUGCGAGGACGCCGACCCCACGAGCGUCAACACCUUCUCCCCGGUGACCAACAACAGCGAGCAGACGCUGGGCUAUGGCUCGGCCACCGCCACCUACGACGCGCCCGACGGCGACGAGGACCGGACCACGUACGCCGUCACCAUCACCAUGCCCGGCGAGAACUCCGAGAACGCCGUGCAGAUUCACAAGGUGGUGACGGGCACCAUGGCACUGAUUUUUUCCUUCCUCAUCGUGGUUUUGGUGUUGUACGUCUCCUGGAAGUGCUUCCCGGCCGGCUUAAGGCAACUAAGACAGUGCUUUGUCACACAGCGCAGGAAGCAGAAGCAGAAACAGACCAUGCACCAAAUGGCUGCCAUGUCAGCCCAGGAGUAUUAUGUUGAUUACAAACCCAACCACAUUGAGGGAGCCCUGGUGAUCAUUAAUGAGUACGGAUCUUGCUCCUGUCACCAGCAGCCAGCGAGGGAAUGCGAGGUGUGAUUUUCCUUUGGGAUUUAAACAGUGUGCAACCAAAUAACAGCGUGCAGGCAGACAGUGGCACGGGGUGGGAGGGGGGGUGCUGGGCUUUGCUGGUGAUUUCUGACGUGCACCCCUGCCCAAAUUAAGAGGGGCUGUCCAAAAGACUUGAUAUUUUAGCUUUAUCGUGUCUUAAAAACCUUCAGGACGGCCAAUCUUAAGGUUUCAUAUGCUAAUACUCCCUUUGAAGAUCUGUCAAUAUUCAGGAAUCUGAGAGUGUAAAAAAAAAAGGUACCAAUUAUUGAUCUUUUGUAAACUAAGAAAACUGUUUAAAAUAAAAAAAAAUAGCAUUUACAGUUUUUACAGACUGGUGUAUAUUACAUGAAUGGUUCCCUGUAUACAAAAUGCAACAGUUUAACCUCUCUCUUCAUGCUGAGUGUUGAAAUGAAAAGUAGAGGAGCAAAGAAGCCACGUAAAAUAGAAAGCUUAAAAUGACCCAGGUGGCUUCCCAUUGUAAUUAGCACACAUUCACGUACAUCAUGUUGCUGAAGAUAUGAAGCAUGACACUGGAAUUCUAUUUUUGUUAAUGUGCUACCUGUAACUGGAUGUCAGUACAACAAGGAGCCAGAGCACCUCAGAAAGGCUGAAGUUUUGACUGUGUCACUAGGACAGGAUUUCUGAGGAUUUUUAAGUACAGCUCUCUUGUUAGUUGCUGUAAGGUCCAUAAAAUCUGCAUUAUAACCCCUAAAAGUAUUUUGUAUCAAAACUGAUGAUAUUGUGAGGACUUUCUAACAAAAAACAACCAACAAAACCCCAACAAGUGAAACACUGCCAAAAUGUGCUCAUCCGAAUUUUCUUUAAUAUUAAAAACCAACCAAAAAAAAAGCUAAAUUUAAAGGUUUUUACUUGCAUUUGCCACUUUUAUGCUUGUUUUGAGCUAUGCCAAGAGCAAAUACCCCCUCAUUUUGUGCUCUGUGGUGCCAUGGUGAAGAGCAAAAGCAAUUAUUUGGGUCUCAGUGGUGAAACUCAAGAGCAAAACCACUGUCAGGGUAGGACAGGGAGUUUUCAGAGCACCCUUCUGGGUGCUGUAGUGAAGUGCUGGCAAAGCCCAGCUCGCGUCCCUCCCUUCCCCUAACAAAACAACCCCAAAACCUCUGCAGAGGCUGGAGGCAGAUGCACCCUCCUCACCAAGGACUGAAAAAUGGCAUUGAUGGAUUGAAGCAGUGAUUUCAUGAUGUAGAAUCCCACAGCUGUUUUAUCUGACUGCCCUUAAAUAAAGGCUUCCUUUCCUUGUAUUUUGGAUUUUUCAUUCCAGAAUGUGAACAAGCAAACGAUUGAUCUUUUCAGCAGCUCCUCUCGCACUAACUGACGAUGAGGGAGUUUUAUAACAUCAGGCAGAGCAUCUUGAAAUUUUCUUCCUACAGCAUUACAUGUGAAUAAAAUGUGAUGGAUAAUGAACUGGGUGGCAUUUCUAGGCUUUGUACAUGUUUCUCUAUCCUCAGGUUACCACCAAGAGAGGAACAAUUCCAAAAUUUUAAAUGUGUUUUAAUGUAACACAGGUUUGUUUUUUUUUUCCUUUUUCAUUGCAUUGAAGUGCUGUCUACUCUUACAAGGGUACAGCAGGCUUAUAAAGCAGAAAAACAGGCACAGAAGAAAUAUUUUGUUUUCUUGUACAGCAGGUUUUAGCCAUUAAUUUUAAAUGUAAAAAGUGGACUUCGUGUUUCUUUUCUGACUGAAACUAUUUUUAAGGAGUCAGAACUUAUUUUCCUCUAUUUGGUACAUUUCAUAGCAUGUAUUAUAAAACAUGAAAAUAACCUCUUAAUCAAAAUUUUUACUCAGUGAGACUAUAAUAUAAUCUGUGAAAGCAAUGAGAUUAUGUACUGGGAGAGGACAGUGUCACAGAAAAUUUAAUGAAAAUCAACUGCUUAUUUUUUUCCUAAAGCCACUGCAAAUUCACCCCCAGCUUUCAAACAAGCAAGCACUGUUAAACCCAGGCUUUUCUCUCUUUAAACAAAUGCACAUUUCUCUCUCUGUGCCUCGAGCCCACAAGGGCCUGAUCUAUCCUGAAACUCCCAAGUGACCUGAGGGGUUGAGUGUGCAUGUACAAACCCAACAGGAGGGGCAGAGGGAAGGUACAGAACCCCUGCUCUCUUUGGGUUCCUGACCAUGCUUGAAGCAAAAGUGCUUUAUGCCAUGCUAACUGUGGGCUCAGCUAUGUUUAUUUUCCCCAUUAAACCUUUCUCUGAAAUCAAUAGGGAAUUUAAGUGUGGAAAAAUUGGCUCUCUAACUUUGGACUGGGCUGUGUGUUCCCCAAGCCCCCAGGCAGCACUUGAGUACAGCCACUUGCCAGGAAGCUUCCAAAAUCAAUCAAAGUCAUUAAAAUACUGUCUGAAUAUGGUAAAACAAAAUAUGAACUGCCUUUAUUUUGACAAUGACCCCUUGCUGCCAUCAGGAAAUGUGAUGGUGCAGUCAUGGUUUGGCCCCUGUGAACCUUAGACAAGCCUGGUACCAACAAACAAUCAUCCCGUGGUUGUAUUUCUGUGUAUUUUUAGCAUUUUUGUGGGUUGUAUUUGAAACACACGAGUGACUGCACCCCUCUGGAGUCAUCCCUGCUGUUUAUUGGUGUUAGCAACCUCCAGCUACGUUUGCAAAGAUUUGAGCAAUUCAGCUUUUGGAAUUUAUUCACCUCUGUGCUCCAUGCAUCUGGCACUGACAGCCAAGUAAAUGGAACAGAGAAUUUUCCUCUGAAGGUGCAGGGAAGGCUUCUUGAGUGAGAGCUGAUUUGGGCUUUGCCUGUUGCCACUUCUCCUGGAGAGAGGUGAUGGCCACCAAAGGCUUGGCACCCUGAGCAGGAUGAUGGAUGGAUCCCUCCAUGGAGAGCACAGCACUUAUUAAAGGAUGCAUUUCAAAAUCCUCCUGCAGAAAUCUUCUCUAGAAGGGUAAUCCCUUCUGGAGACAAGCUCCUGGUGAUCCCCAGAGGAUUUCUGGAGAUCUCGACACCCUCUGAAUAUUUGUUGGAGAAAAGAGGGUGUCACUGCUGUUACGUGGCAUGAAGACACUCCACAGGGUGCCCACAUCCAGGCUGAAAAUUUACAUGAAAUAUGUGUGGGUAAUAAAGAAAUAAAAGAGCCUGUAUGUCAUUUCAAUCCAGCUAUUGCAAAUCCAGUUAUUCAUCCUGCUCCAGGCUACUUGCAUUGGUGUAUAUGAGAGUUAUUAUAUUUGUACUGCAUUUGGAGCAACUGCAGGGACAGAUUUUCCCCAAUUCUUUCUUCCAAAUUUCAUGUUCAACAACUGCCCAGAGAUAAGUUAUUCCCUCUCUUUUGAUGCCCUUAUUUGGCCUAUUAAAUGGCUCCAAAAUCAAAAGGACAAAAAAACAAGAAAAAAAAGGAUGCUUUUGGGGUGAGUUGUGAACAGCGUUUUGUCCAUGAAAUGCUUGGGGAAUAUCAAAGGAAGGGAAAUAUUUUAAAUAUUCCCUUUUUGAUGUUCUACUUAAUAGGACUAAUCUCCCUUUUAUAAUUAAGUAAUUAACAUUAUUUUUUAUAAUUAACUGUCUUUUUGCACAUAAAACAGAGUGAAAGGCAAGCAAAAGCACUACCUUUCCUGAGCUGGUUAGCAGUACCAGUGUUACAGAUCUCUAAUAUCCAUUUUCUUGCUGCUAACAUCAAUACCCACUCACAGUGCACCCAGCGCUGAAGGAACUGUUGCUGUGUAUGCUUUGAAUGUAUAUAAGGGAUGAUUUAUUUUCCUUUCUGCCUUUUUCCCCUUCCUUUCUGUACUACUUAAAAAAAAA